AUCUUCUGUCCGAGAAGACGCUCAGGCUCGUGGGUCGAACACUUACAUUGACAGCGACCAGGAAGCUGUAGCCAUGGCCUUGACCGUCGAAGUUCCGCGUGAUGUCGCUGUGUCUGUGCCGAACCAAGCGAGCGAAGAGCCGCCGCACCACGAACUCACGACGCCACCCGUGUCCGACAAGGAAGACGAGCCAGCUCGGCCGAGCGAUCCCGAGCGGUUUGAGCUCGAAGCGUUCACGCCGUUCUCGUCCAGCCACCUGUGGAAGCUCAUGAGUUCGUUUUACGACCGCCAAGGCGUCGAGUCUUGGGCGCAGGGCAUCGUGCCGCACUUCAUCACGUCCAACACGUUUAUCGCCAAGCGAUACGUGCAAGUGUUUGCAGCGUACCUGCGUGAUGCCGUGGCCAAAACGUUGGACCCGACUGAACCGCUGUACAUUGUCGAGCUGGGCACGGGAAGUGGCAAGUUUUCGUUUUACUUUGUGCAGUGGCUGUACGAGAUGGAGGCCGUGGUGAACCUGUCGUUUCCACUCUGUCGCAUCCGCUACAUCAUGACCGACUUCACCGACUCCAACUUGAAAUUCUGGCAGACCCACCCGGCGCUGCGGCCGUUUGUCGAGCGCGGCGUUGUGGACUUUGCCAUCUUUGAUGCCACCCAAGACACGUCGUUGUACUUGAUCAACGCCAAGCAAACAAUCGCGCCGCAAUCCCUGAAGAAUCCCAUUUGCGUUGUGGCCAACUACCUAUUUGACACGCUGCACCACGAGCUCUUUCGAGUCGACCAAACCGAGCUCAAGCAAGGGCUCAUUAGCGUUGGCUCUACGAGACUGGAUGAAAAAGACCCCCUGGACCCGGAAAUCAUCAAACGCCUGAGCAAUCUGUACCGCUACGACGACAUCUCGACCGCGUUCUACUCGAAUCCGCACUUUAACGCGAUUCUAAAGUGGUAUCAAGACUACUACGGUGACCAGCCUGCCACGUUCUUGGUGCCCAUUGGCGCGCUAAACGCGAUUGAACGACUCAAGUUGUUAAGUCGCCACCAGCUGUUGAUUCUGUCAGGGGACAAGGGCCACACCAACCCCGACCACUUUCGUGGAUUGCAAGAUCCCCAUAUUGCUGUACACGGCAGCUUUUCCGUCAUGGUAAAUUACCAUGCCAUUGGCAUUUACGUGGCCCAUCGCGGCGGGUUUGCGCUACACAAUCCCCAGGAAGAGGCCAGUCUCAAGGUGUCGCUGUUUGUCGUCCCUCAAGAAAUAGAAUCGCCGCCGCCCCAAGCCGACUUGGAGGCGCUGUCCGUCCAGCGAAGCGCCGCCUACCCGACCGUGUGCCACGUGUACGAUGACACGCUCGUGUCCUUCGGCCCCAACGACUUUUUCGUCAUGCAAAAGGCCAUCAAGGAAGACGCAAAAGCGCCAAGCUUGAAAGGCGUGUUGGCGCUGAUGAAACUGAGUUUUUACGACGCCGAUUUGUUUUAUAAAUUCCGCGACGUGUUGCUGGACCAGUCUCCGGCCGCCCCCGCCAAGGUCAAAGUCGACGUGAUGGUUUGCCUCAACAAAACGUGGACGCACUACUACCAACUGGACAAGGAAAAGGACAUUGCAUUUGAAAUCGGCCGGGUGUACUAUGGUAUGCGGGAAUACGAUCACGCGCUGCAGUUCUACACGCGGUCCUUGGACGAGAUGGGCAAACACCAUGUGACGUACCACAACAUGGGCCUUUGCUUCUAUAGCACUCGUCGCCUCCAAGACGCUCAGCAGUGCUUUGAAGCUGCGACCGAGUUGAACUCAUGCUACCAGAAGGCCGCGACGUGGUUGCAGCGGGUGACAGCCGAGUUACACCCCACUGCUGUGGUGGCUGCCAAUAAUGACAAGGAAGACCCGUUGCUCGUGUCCAUGCAGCAUAUCGACUUGGAUGUGUCGACGACACCCGUGGAACCAUUAUCGUAGAGGCAUCGACGCCCCCAUGUUCAAGGUGUGUGUAGUUACAGCGGUAAAAGGCGGUAAAAUAGAAAUUAUACUACUAGUAUUACUUAUUAUCACUGCUAUUAAUACUACUACUAACUACUAUUAAU